GUUUUUCAUCUUCUGUUGUUACAGGAAGAGGAACCUCCUGAAGAAGGAUGUGGAGCAAGCAUCCAUGUGAAGCCAGCACUGAAGGUAGAGGAAGUGGAAGAUGGAGAGAUGACCGUUCCCAAAAUCAUUGUCCCCUCAGAGUUAGACUCAAUGACCCUCACUGUACCUAUAACAAAUUUGAUGACCCACAGAAGAAUGCAGGAGGAGACGGUUCCUGGUGAGGAAGAUGAACAAGACCUGAACAAGUCUGAUCUACUUGCUGUGGACGAAGGCCUUGAGCGUCCUUCAUCUGCAGCCAGUCAGACAAGUAUUGUUGUGAAUGACCGUCUGCAGGAGCUGGUCAAGCUAUUUAAAGAGCGCAAAGACCGUGCAAGAGAGAAACUGGUUGAUCCAGACGAGUCUGAUGAUGAAAGCCCAUCGGCAUCUCCAGCCAAAAAGCCUGGGGAAGCCCCACCUCCACCACCUCCUCCAGAGGAAAAGAAAGACGCUGAGGAGAUGGCUGAAGAGGAGGUGAUGAUCUACGAGUUUAUGGGAUACAAGAUCCCAGUUCCCCAGUUCAAAAUGCCCCAGAUUCCUGACUGGCUGAGAGUAAUACUGGAGUACCGUUUCCCAUCCAGCAUUGAUCCCUACACAGGUGAGCUCUAUAACCAGCUGAAGUAAGUGAGCUCUAUAUGG